AUGGCGGCCGCUGUCUUGGCAGCAGUAGAGCACGACAGCUGCGUCGUGGACGAGGCAAGUGUCAGACAUGCCGCCGUCAGCGACCCUGUGUAUCAGCUGCUCAUGGCCAGGGUCCUGGCCGGGGACUGGGCCGACAUUAUACCGGAGCCCCUUCGUCAGCAGGUGGCUGCCAACCUACACGCAGGCCACCAAGGCCUGGACUCCAUGCAACGACGAGUGCGCCAGACGGUAUACUGGCCUAGACUCGAGGGGGACCUGCAGUAUCGCCGCUCCUUGUGCGAAGAAUGCGACGUUCACGCACCAUCCCAGGCCGCGGAGGAACUCAUCAUCACGCCGCCCCCCCACAGGUUGGCUGGAGCUGGCCCACUUCCCCCCUCCUCUCACAUCAAGACCCAGCUAUGUCGCUACUUCGCCAGGUGGGGGGCCCCGGAGCAAAUCUCCACGGACGGGGGCACUAAUCUGGCAAGCGAGGAAAUGGGGGAAUUUUUCAAGUUGUGGGACGUGUCCGUGCGACUAUCAUCUGCCCAGUACCCGCAGUCCAACUGCAGGGCAGAGGCCGCGGUCAAGGUUGGGAAGCGGAUAAUAAUGGCCAACACGGGCAGCGGCGGCAACCUCGACACGGACAAGUCCUCGUUGGCUAUGCUGCAGUACCUCAACACACCCCUCUGCGGAAUGAAUAAGUCACCCGCCCAGAUGGUAGCAGGCAGGCAGCUCCGAGACGGCGUACCUACGGCCCGCUGGCACCUCACGGUAGACAAACACAGGGGGGCAACCCUCCGGCAUAGAGAACGUCAGAUGGCUGACAAUGGUGCUGCCCUCACUGAGAACGGACCCUCCAGAACGCUUCCCGUCAUCAACCCGGGCUCCCAUGUAUGA